AUGAGUGCGCCUUCCACAGUCGAGCGUUGGGUCAAGCGUUGGUGGUCGGCUCUGGCCGGUGCGGUCUUGCCCGUGGUGUGCAUUGAUGUUGUCGUUGCGGGAAGGGAGGUGGAUGACAACCAAACAGACUCACGCGGGUUUUGGUGCCAUUCUGGGGUGGUGUUCUCGGCCUCUGGGUGUCGCGGGGGUGGUGUGGAUAUGUUUUUCAAGGAUGGUUGCGACUCUGGCUGCCCGUCGAGUGGCUGGAGUGUCGGUUCGGCGGGUUGUCCUUCUCGGGCCUCUUUUCCCUUGGUGCUGGGGUUACGGGGCGGCGUCUCUGAUCUCGAACAGUGUGGCCACAAUAUAUUUGCUCCACCCCCUGAAAUUCAACCCCGCCCUUUGUCUGCUCGGGCUUUGGCAUUAAGAGAAAGUAUCACCAUUGGGGAACCCACAUCUCAUAACGGUACGGAAGGCCAUGCCAAUGGUGAGUCGAGCGAGCCAUCUGUGAUUAAAACAUCCAAGAAGAUUCCGAAUCAGAAAUUUUCGGAGUUGUCAGGGAAUGACAUUUUUAAGGGAGAUGGGGUGGGCAGUGCUUCGGCUGAGAAGCCCCUGAGUUCGGCCAAACUUCGGGAGAUGAGUGGGAGCAAUAUAUUUGCAGAUGGGAAGGCAGAGUCUCGGGACUACUUUGGUGGGGUGCGCAAGCCCCCGGGCGGGGAGAGCAGCAUUGCCUUGGUGUGA